AUGACCUAUGAACUCUCUACUUCCACUGCCAGCCCGGGACCUAGAGAUAGCGAGAUUGCAUUCCCAUUUUCAAUCAAUCACUGUACAAACUGGCCAGAUAGCGCUUUUAUGUGCCCUCUAAAUAGUGAUUUCAAUAUUGCCUCUUCGGAUAUGGAGACAAAAUAUGAGGAGGAACAGUCAGGACUUCUUUUAAUUGAGAGUAAAGCUGGUGCCCUAAAUAGGAAAAUUACUGGAUCUCAAGAUCAACAUCGAGUUGCCGCUCCGACCUCAGAGCGUGCUCUGGACGUCUACAGAAACCCCGUCCCAUCUACAGAAGCCACUAAAGGAAGAGAAGCACUGAGUAAAGUGAAACAACGGAUUAUCUGUCUGCUAGAUGAAUGGCCUGAACAGCCGAUGCUAGUUAGGGAAUGGGAGAGGAAUGCUGCCAGACAUGUAUCAGUCCAAGAGGAGAUUCAACUUGUUUCUGUUAUUCUUGUUGAAUGGAGAAAGCUUGAGCUACGGUAG